AUGGGUGUGAUUCAGAUUAGCCAUCGAAUACUCAUAGACCACGAUGCGACGAAACGAUCAUUCGCUCUGGGCCUCGGCCUCACCUUCGACAACCACCCAAACGCGCUAAGUGAUGGCGCUGACGAGCCAAUGCAACGACGUGCAGUACACGACUCGAAUCAGCUUCGCGCGGACCAAGUGUGCGUUUACAAGCACGAUGGCGUGGAUCGGACUCAGCGAAGCCUGGCUUUCGUGGUUGAGUACAAGCCGCCGCACAAGUUGACGUUGCCGCACCUUCGUGUUAGUCUGCGGGAGAUGGAUAUACAGCAGGAGGUCAUUAACAGAUCAACGAUACCAACCGACAAAGGCGAGCUUUUCUCAUACCAUGCCGACAGGAUCGUUGCUGCCGCGGUUUCCCAGACAUAUCACUACAUGAUCACAGGCGGUCUCACGUACAGCUAUGUCACAACUGGCGAGGCGAUCAUCUUUCUGAAGAUCGACUGGCAGAGUCCGGAGCAUUUGCUCUUCCACCUUGCGGAGCCACGAGCAGAGGUGCUGGCGCAUCCCGACAAUGCUGUGCAUUGCACAGCUGUCAGUCAGGUUCUUGCCUUCACCCUGCUGGCAAUCGAGGAUCAACAUUCCAACCCCGGGCAGGAUGAGCGAUUAACCGAGUGUAAUAUCUCGUAA